AUGCGAGGCCAAAACUGCGACCGCCCUUCCCAAAUUGCCAGCUCCCGCGACAACCCUGGCUUGGAUAUCUGCUGCCAAAUGAUGAGACAGGAAGAAGCGUCUAUCUUCGGGAAAAGCUGGCGGUCUAAGCGAGUCACAUGUGUGGCAUCAAAAGGAUCCAUCCUAUGGCCAAACCCUAGCUCGCUCGCCAGGCCUUCUCCCCAGGACGCCAACAUCCGGAGACUGUGA